AUGGCCUCUAUGUUAGGAUGGAAGCAGUUGAGAAGUGUGCUAAGAAACCUCCUCACUUUUGAAGAACGAAUGUUGUGUAAUCUUCGAAUUAUUUACACAGAGCAAUACCUACCAAAUACUUCCUUGUUGGGGAACGUUGUAUCACCCAUCGAUUCAACUGAGUGCUUACAAACUGAAGGACAUAGCGACGAUGGAUUUUUGUUGAUGGCCGUUCCCAAGAAGAGGACCACGGUACACAAGCGGAAACUGAGAAAUCGGCACAAGCAGCUCAAGAAUAGAACGGACAUCGAGGUUUGUGCAGUAUGCGGGAACUACAAGGUAGAGGGUCAAUUGUGCGGUUACUGUGUGGAAAGAAUAAAGGAGAAAACUAAAGCGUAUCGAAAAGAGAAAAAUGAAGAUUCGAUUCAAUGGCCAAUACCGGAGUUUUUGAAAAAAUUCAGAACGUAG